UAAAGGUCUGAAAUACUUUGAGUUAUUUGGAUUGUUUCUUACAGCAGAAAGUGAAACAGGGUGGUAAGUCUUGGAACUCCUUAUGAAGCAGCCUUCAGAUGUUUGCCUUGUGCAAUAUGCAAGAAUCAUCAUCACUUAAGGGACAGAACCCCCAAAAUACUAAGGAAAAGUACAGGGGAGCAGAGCAGUAGAGCCAAUGAAGCCUGACUUUUCUUAAGAUCUGUGUUCAGCUUCCUUCUUCCUUCAGUGUGCUAAUUAAAACCCACCCCUCACAUUUUGGUGGCCCUCCGUUUCCCUGUAUCUGCACCUGAGCUAUGUUGUGGUUGAGGUGAAAGCAGGUUUUGCUGGGGACUUGGCCAAUGUUUGUAUCUCCAUUAGCCUCCUGGCAGUUCAGCAGCUGUCGACUUCACAUUAAGGACUUUGCUGUAGUGGAGGCAUUAAUUUGGGUCUUUUUCCAUUAUUAUUAUUUCCUCCCUUAAAAUAUUCAGGAGUUUAAUACCUUCUCCUGAUUGUAUUUGAAAUCUACCACUAUUUCAAAAUAUUUGGGCAAGGAAGUUGGGGCAGAAAAGGUGGCUUCCUUGGGAGACCUAAAAGGAAAUUAAGUUAGGAGGAUGCUUUUUGUGAGAGGUUUCCUCUUGCGAGUGUCCUCUAACAAUGAAGACAGACAUUUACAGGUUUGCGGGGAAGUCUGGUGGCCUGUUCUGGAUGGAGGCAGUUGGUUGUGCUGAAUCACAGGGCAGUGUCUCCCUUGAGAAGAAAAGCUGUUUUGUUGGAGGAACCAAUGGUAAGAAUCUAUCUUCCAGUCUGACAGAUCAACCUAUUGCCGAUGUCUUCUUAAUUUGCUUUUCCCUUGUGAGUCCUGCUUCCUUUGAAAAUGUCCGUGCUAAGUGGUAUCCUGAGGUGCGGCACCAUUGUCCCAACACUCCCAUCAUUUUAGUGGGCACCAAACUUGAUCUCCGGGAUGAUAAGGACACUAUUGAAAAACUGAAGGAGAAGAAGCUGACUCCCAUCACCUACCCACAGGGCCUUGCAAUGGCAAAAGAGAUCGGUGCAGUGAAAUACCUCGAAUGCUCAGCACUUACGCAGCGAGGCCUCAAGACAGUGUUUGAUGAAGCCAUCCGAGCAGUUCUGUGCCCCCCUCCUGUAAAGAAGAGGAAGAGAAAAUGUCUGCUGCUGUAAACAUUACCCUCCCCCACCCCACUCCAAACCCUGUGCUUUGCUCAGAACAAUGGAGCAUUCACACUCAAUGCCAAGUUUUUCUGUUAUAAAUUAGUUCUUUUCCACAAAUCCUUGAAUCAAUCAACAAUUUCACAGUUUCCUUUUGUUUCAAGAAUGACAGUUACCUUCUAAAAGCAAACUCCUGAAAAGACAAACGUAUGUAAAGCCUUAUUUUUAAAAUCCUAUUCUUGCUCAAUUAAGUGUUGCCAAACUAUCUGCUGAACUAAGUUGCGUUGUUGUGCUACGAACACUAAGCACUAAACCGUUUUUUAAAGAUUCUUGAAGAUGACUCUAAUUUCUGGUAGGAAACGCAAAAAUACUUUCUAGUUUUUCACAGUAAGUAGCAGUACCGGGUCAUUAGUGAAACACUGCACUCGAAUGUGGCUAUUACUAAAUGGUUCCUCAACCCACAGUCAUUGCGCAGCGUCGUAGAUCAGAACCAAGUUGCUGGCAAUGACUGACACCCGUGAGUCACAGUGUAAAAUGCUUUAUCGUGGGUAAGGGCUUGGUUGCAAUCUAGUUCUUGCUGCUGUGAUCUAAAGAAUAACUAACUAUUUGUACUGAAGCGUAUCUAGUCCUUUUGACAGCUUUGUGUUGUGAUGGAUAAAGGAAAUAGUGGGUUGGAUCAAAUGAUAGUGCCAGACAGUAUUUCGACGCCGUACAGCUGACUUACACUACACUGCCAGGGUAGCUGAAACUGAACUGACUCUUAGUGCAGGUUAACACCGGUGCCUGCUGUCCCAGAGGAGCAGCAGUGGAAGAGAGGUUGAUGUUCACAGGUAAAUUCCGUUGAAUUUCAAGUAGGGCAUUUGUUUAGGUACAACUCCAAACCAGUCAUUCCCACAACUGUUGUGUAGUAAAUGCUUUUCUUGUAGGACCUCUUCUUACUGAGCAAUAUAACUUGUAUUUUAAAACCUUUCUGAUGAUACACAUUUGCCUCUUUCUUUUUUCUUUGUAGAGUAGAAUGUUGAAGCAUAUCCUCCUUAUUUUCCUGUUAUCUCUGACUCAGUAAGUCAUAUGCUUUCUGAGGAGCUUUUACUCUAUUAACUAGGUGUAAAAAUCAUGUGAAGCAGCUUUACACAUUUUAGUAAUUUUUGUAUUUUAAACCUCUAUAAACUACGAACUUUCUCACCUAUCCCUCUUUGCAAGCUCUCCCCACUACUGUAAUGUUACUAAUGCAGACAAGUGUUCUUUAUGUCACUACAUGUACGUGUGCAGCAUAGGCUGAGUAAUGGUAACCUGGGUCUGUGAGGUUCUGUAAACUAGUGCUCAUGUUCUGUACAUUCUAAGCAGGCAGGAAUAUGAUGUUGAACUACACCCUUUCAACCACUAAAGCAAAAUUUACAAGUAAAAGUUGCGAAAUUGUGAAGUUUUUACAUUGAUCUUUUGCUAAUGCAAUUAGCAGUAUGUUUUGCAUGUAUGACUUAAUAAAUCCUUGAAUCAUA